AUGGCUAAAGGUCUUGGGGUAGAUGAGAAGUCAAUGAUAGCAAUACUGGGGAAAUGGCACCCUGAGCAUGCUAAAUCAUUCAGGAAGGAAUCCGAAUUCUUCGGAGAGGAUGAUGAGCACCUUUUCGAGAUAUGUGAGCCGCAAUUUGUUGAGUAUCUCGACCAUGAAUUUCGACGUUUGAAGAGCGCUGUGGUGCUGUGGACAACGCAUGAAUGGGAAAGAGAUGCUCGGCUGAUUAGGAACGCGGUGGUGGAUGGGCCCAAAUCAUACAAUGUGAUAACAGAGAUAGCAUGCACUCGAUCAUCCAAAGCGCUGUUAGGAGCAAGAAAGGCCUACCAUUGUCUCUUCGAUCGAUCCAUUGAAGAAGAUGUUGCCUUAAAUGUCAACGGCAUCCCUCGCAAGCUAUUGGUGGCCCUUGUUAGCUCCUAUCGGUAUGAAGGUCCACGGGUUCAUGAAGAUGCUCCAAAAUCUGAGGCCAAAAUACUAUAUAAUGCCAUUAGAAAGGUUGAUGGAAAGAGUCUAAUUGCAGAUGAAGAGGUAGUGAGGAUUCUGUCAACAAGAAGCAAGCCACAUCUCAGGGUAGUUUUCAAACACUUCAAGGAGAUCUCCAGCAGGAACAUUGAGGAGGCUGUUUCCGAUCCACUCUUAAGGGAUACUCUCCAAUGCCUAUCUACCCCUCAAACUUACUUUGUUAGGGUUCUGGAUGCAGCGAUGAAACCCGGUGCAGAUGAAAAUACUAAAGAGGGUCUGACUCGGGUAGUGGUGACCCGUGCAGCUGUGGAUGUGAAACUGAUUGGAGAAGAGUAUCGGAAGCAAAUUGGAGUUACUCUUACAGAGAAGAUUGAACACGUAGCUAAAGGAAACUACAAAGAUUUCUUGCUUGCUUUGCUUGCUAGAUGCUACUAA